AUGUUAUAUUUUGCCUCUAUUAAUUGUUGGCUUGUUAUUCAAGAUAAACAAUAUCCUGUAUGGGUUGUUCUUCUUUUUGAAAGUAGUUCAGUUCUUAAGAAAAUUAGAAUUAUAUUAAACACAAAUACUAAAGAACCUGACUUAUUAGUUUCUGGAAAUGAAAUUGCUGAAUUUAAUGGAGAUGAAGUUGUUUUAGAUUAUAUGCAAAAUAAUAUUGAAAUUCAUCACCCACAACAUCAUUUAAUAUUAGAAUUAAAAAAUAAACAACAAGCUGGAUUAUUAAAUCUCUUUGUAUCAAGAAAACGUGAGAUUACUAGUAAUGACAUUCUUGGUAAUGGAUGUAAUGAAGGAUUUUAUCAUCUAACUGGACUAACUGAAUUAACAUUAAAUUCACAACAACAAUAUGAUAUUGAACAGAUUGAUAAUAAUGUUAUUAUAUUAUUUAAUAUUCAAUCAAUUAUUCAAGAAUUUCAUUGUACUCAAGUUAAAAUGAAAUUAAGGUCAUUAUUAUUAAAGAAAAAUAAUAAUCCUGAUUUUGAAGAAGUUAUUAUUAAUUUAUCUCAAACACCAAAUGUUCAUUAUAUACAUUUUAAAACAAAAUAUAACCAAUUAUCAUUAGAAUCUACUUUAUAUAUUGAAGCAAUAUAUUCUAAUGGUACUGAUUAUCUUUAUAGUAAAUAUUUAUUAUAUUUAUUUAAUUCAGAUGGACUUUUUAUUCAUGACAAACAACAUUGUUUACUUCCAAUAGAAGUUAUUACAAUUCCAGCAUUUAAUUCUGAACAAAAUAAUAUUACUACUAAAGAAUCAGAACGAGUGAAAAUAGAUAUAACUAUUAAUACUAUUAAGUCUAUUUAUCGAAUUCCAAAAAGAGUUGAAUCAUUAUGGGAUCAAUGUAAAGAUUAUUCAAUAGUUGAAGAAACAAUAACAAACAAUACAUUACUUGAAUGUAAGAAAAUAUCAUUAAGUGAAAAUAUUCCAGAAAACCUUGCUCUUCAUUUAUUUAGAUUUAGACAUUAUUAUCUUCAUCAUUAUUUUAAUACAAUUGGAUUUUUUGUAUUAAAAUCUACAUUACAAGCAACAAUAGAAACAGGUAAAGAUUAUAUUAAUAAUAUCAUUGACUUUGUUGAAGAACAAAAAUUACUUGAUUCUUUUAUUCAAAAUAAACAAUUUUCAUUUAUUGAUAUUCUUCCUUAUUUCUCUACACAAACAUAUUCAACUGUAUUAAAAGAACGAAUUGGUUAUAAAAUGAUUCAAUUUAUUACUAUUAAUCAAAUUAAAGAAUAUAUUCCACAUAUUAUUGAAAUUUUAAAACAUGAACGAAAUGAUUUAUUUCUUAAUAAAUUAAUUCAAUUACUUAAAGAAAAUAAUAAUGAAACACAUUUAUUUGCAGAAGAACUUCUUUGGGGUAUUGUAAAUAUUAUUGAAAAACGAGAUGAAUAUUUUGAUGUAUUUAUUCAACUUUUCCAUUCAUUUGCAGAAAUUGUUGUACAAUGGAAUCCUACAAUUAUUUAUGAUAUUAAUUGUGCAAAUGAAAUGAUUGCAAGAGUUGAAGAAAUCAAUGCUCAAAGUAAAGAACAAGGAAUUGUUCAGGGAAUUGUCCAAAAAUUAAUUUCAACAAAUAAUAUGAAAAUUGAAUCAAUGAAACAAAUGAAUAAUUUUAGUCUUCCAUUUCUUAAAGGAAAAAUUAAUAAAAUUAAAUGUUUAAAACAAUAUAAUUCAGCUAAUAGACCAAUGAUUAUUCCUGUUCAAGUUAAUAGUAAUCAAACAUUAAAAGAUAGAUGUUUUAUGGUUAAAAGUAAUGAUGAUCUUUUAAAUGAUAAAUUAAUAUUAAUUUUAUCAAAUUACAUUUAUAAUGAAUUAAAAACACAAAUAGACCUUGAAUAUUUAACGUAUGAUAUUAUUGAAUUAGGAACAAAAAAAGGAAUUGUAGAAUUUGUUCCUGAUGUUAUUGAAAUUGGUAAAUUAUUUAACCAUUUUAAAAAUUCAUUCUCAAUGAUUAUGGGAACUGUUGUUUCUAAAGAACAUAAUAAACAAAAUAUGGAACUUGCUAAAUUUAUUUAUCAAAUGAAAAAUGAUAAAUUAGAAACUGAUCAAACUGGUGAAACAGAAGAAGAUCGACAAAAAAUUAAAGUAAUUUGUGAUACUAUUACAACUGAUGCUUUAAGUAGACAAUUAAAUUUUGCUAAAUCAUUUGCAUUAUGUUGUGUAUUAAAUUAUGCACUAAUGUUAAGAGAUAGACAUGGAGAUAAUUAUUUACUUCAAUAUACAACUGGUAAAAUAUUUCAUAUUGAUUUUGGUUAUGUAUUUGGUAAAUUAGUUCCUCGAAAAGAAAAUGAACCUGAAAUUACUCGAUUUAGUGAAAUUAUGAAAUUACUUGAAGAUCUUCAUUUAACUCAAUCAUUUUAUCAAUACGCUCGAUGGGCAUGGGAAAAAGUAAAAGAAUUAUCUCAAAAUAUUAUUACUUUAUUUACUUUUAUUUGUUAUGAUAGUAUUGAACCUGAUUAUCUUAAAAAUGUUAGAGACCGUUUAUUAAAUGCAACUUAUGAUAACUUUGUUCAGGAAUUAAAAAAUCCACAAUCUGUUAUUAUCUCUGAUAAAAUCCAAGAAAGACACCAAACAUUUUCUUAUAUUAAACAAUAUAUUCCUUUCUAA